ACAAAAACCCUAAAAGCCUUCAAUAUGAACAGUUUCGAGCCACAAAGCCAAGACUCAUUGCAAAGAAGGUUUCAUCAAGACAACACCACCACACAUCAACCUCGUGACACCACGACACCUUUCAUAUCCAAACCGGCUUCGAAAAACCAUAACAAUAGCAACUCCAGCUCCGAAGCGGCCGGUAGAUCAUUCCAAGGGUUUGGCCUUAACGUGGAGGACGAUCUAGUUUCAUCGGUGGUUCCUCCGGUUACGGUUGUGCUCGAGGGACGUUCGAUUUGCCAACGCAUAAGCCUAGACAAGCAUGGGAGUUAUCAGAGCUUGGCUUUGGCUCUAAGACAAAUGUUUGUCGAUGGGGCUGAUUCGACGGACGAUCUUGAUCUGUCAAACGCCAUUCCUGGCCAUCUUAUUGCUUAUGAAGACAUGGAGAACGAUCUCCUUCUUGCCGGCGAUCUUACAUGGAAGUAAUUUUCCUCCCCUUAAUUAAUCUUCUUUAUUGCU